AUGUAAAUUUUGUCUGAUCUACAAUAUCUCUAAGAUAAGUUUUCACAAUAAUCCUUAUAAAUUCGAUAGCUAUUCACAGAAAUUUAACAAGCUUAAUAGACAUUAUCAUCUUUAAGAAAACCUGUUGGGUAAUUGAGAUAAAGCAAAUCAACUAUUAUUUUACAUUCUACUUAUUAAGAUUCAAAUUAGAGUCCCAACAAAAUCAUUAGGAAUGCUUCAUUAAAAUAAGAAGAUUUCAUAGAAUAAUGUUUAAAAAAAAUUGAAUAAGCCAAUAAAACUAGUAAUACAAAUACGCCAUCCCCUCAAUAACCAAAAUAGGCCAAUAGAAUAAAGGGAAGAUUAGAAAAACAUAUCCCAGAAAUGAAAACUUAAGAUGAAUAAAUUCCAUUGCCUACAACUAGUUUACAAUCUAUUUUCUAAGCAAGCAAUAGUCCUCAACAAAAAUUAUCCAAACUAAUGCAACUCGAUGACUUUAAGAUUACAGCCAAAUAAUAAAAAUAAGAAUAUUUUGAUAUCCAUGAAGAAGGAUAAUUAUAAAAUUGA